AUGUUGUCGUCGUUCCCUGAGCUCUAUUUCAACGUCGACAGUGGCUACCUGGAGGGCCUGGUGCGGGGUUUCAAGGCAGGGGUGCUGAGCCAGUCCGAUUACGUCAACCUGAUGCAGUGCGAGAGCCUGGAAGAUUUGAAGCUCCAUCUCCAGAGCACAGACUAUGGGAACGUCGUGGGAAACGAAGCCUCCCCUCUCCCCGUGUCCCUCAUUGAUGACAAGCUGAAGGAGAAGAUGGUGGUAGAGUUCCGCCAUAUGAGAAAUCAUGCCUAUGAACCCCUGGCCAGCUUUUUGGACUUCAUCACGUACAGCUACAUGAUUGACAACGUGAUCCUGCUCAUCACCAGGACUCUGCACCAGCGCUCCAUUGCCCAGUUGGUGCCCAAAUGCCACCCCCUGGGAAGCUUCGAGCAGAUGGAGGCAGUGAACAUUGCCCAGACUCCGGCAGAGCUGUACAAUGCCAUCCUGGUAGACACACCCCUGGCUGCCUUUUUCCAGGAUUGCAUCUCAGAGCAAGACCUUGAUGAGAUGAACAUCGAAAUUAUUCGUAAUGCGCUGUACAAGGCCUACCUUGAGUCCUUCUACAAGUUUUGCAAGAUCCUGGGAGGCACGACCGCUGAUGCCAUGUGCCCCAUCCUGGAGUUUGAAGCUGACCGGAGGGCCUUCAUUCUCACCAUCAACUCCUUUGGCACAGAACUCUCCAAGGAGGAUCGGGCCAAGCUGUUCCCCCACUGUGGGAAGCUCUAUCCAGAGGGCCUGGCUCAGCUGGCCAGAGCGGAUGACUACGAGCAAGUCAAAGCAGUAGCCGAUUACUACCCAGAAUACAAACUUCUGUUUGAAGGAGCAGGCAGCAACCCUGGUGACAAAACAACAGCAACAACAACACUACUUUGCCGGGAGAGGACUUGGAGAAUGGAGAUGCUCGGAGCAGAGCUUUGUGGCCGGCCGCCGAGCCGUUCCCCAUCGAGGCUGGAAGAGCCGAGGGAAAGGGCCCCCAGCCCUUCUCCCUCUAGAGCGGAAGAAUUGGCCCAGAACUGCUGGGAAGCAGAAAUGGCCAUGAUCAAAAAAUGGCACUACGAGUGCGUGGAUCUCUUAAGAUGUCAUCCAUGUUGUGGAAUAUCUCCUGAUUUCGAGGAGGAAGAUCUAAGCGAGGAUGAUCCCAGCAUGGAAAACCAACAAUGUGGUGGAGAGGAAGAUGCAAACGAGAUCGAGGAAGAGAAGGUGAAAGAGAAAGUUCAUUUUUAG